UUAUAACAGCGACAGUCUCAGUGUAUUGUAGUAUACUUUUUCAAUACCCAACGACUAUCAUGAAAGUAUUUGCAGCCUUGUCGAUUGUGGUUGUAUUUAUGUUUACCAAGCAAGUCUUAGGUGUCUAUGAAGACAUAGAAGAAAUCCCUACUGCAAACUGUGUCAGAAAAUGCGAGGGAAAAGGACGUGUAAAGGCCGAAUGUAUCCGUAUGUGCGAUCCUGUCCCCCUGAAAAUGUGCGUGGAGAAAUGUAAGGAAAACGGUUUUACUGGAAAGCAACUUCACGGAUGCACUGAGGAUUGCAUGCCUACCCCAGCAGCUCCGAGUAUUGAUUACAGUGGAGACUUUAGCUUUGAGAUGGCAUAUGGAACCUUGUGUGCUUGUACGGCCCAGAAAAAAUAAGAUAUAAUAAAUUUAGCA